AUGCGCGGCGCCUCCCGGCCGCUGCGCGCCGCUGCGCAGGCCCUGCGCGCGCACCUCGUGCCCUUCCGCGCGCAGUCCUCGGCCGCCAGGCCCUCCACGGCCCGCAGCGCAGGCAGCUUCAAGAACGCCGCGUCGUCGCUCGGUUUCGGCCCCGCGCGACGCACCGUCGCUGGAGCCUCUGCAGAGACGCAGCAGGCCACGACUGGGGCCGUGCCGCUGCCGCCGAAGCUGAGCGGCAAGGAGAUCCGCGAGCGCUUCCUGUCGUUCUACGAGGCCCGCGGCCACAAGCGCGCGCCGUCGUCGUCGCUCGUGCCCGAGGACCCCACCGUGCUGCUCACCAUCGCGGGCAUGCUGCAGUUCAAGCCGGUGUUCCUGGGGCAGCGGGAGCGCCCGGCGCCGUGCGCGACGUCGACGCAGAAGUGCGUGCGCACGAACGACAUCGAGAACGUCGGCGUCACCGCGCGGCACCACACGUUCUUCGAGAUGCUGGGGAACUUCUCGUUUGGGGACUACUUCAAGAAGGAGGCCUGCGCGAUGGCGUGGGAGCUCGCGACGAAGGAGCUGGGGAUCCCCGCGGAGCGGAUCUUCGUGUCGGUGUUCGAGGAGGACGACGAGGCGCUCGCGAUCUGGGCCGACGAGGUGGGGGUCCCGCGAGAGCGCAUCGUCAAGAUGGGCGAGAAGGACAACUUCUGGGCGUCCGGGCCGACGGGGCCGUGCGGGCCGUGCUCGGAGCUAUACUACGACUUCCACCCGGAGCGCGGGACCGACGGGGAGGUCGACCUGGACGACGAUUCGCGCUUCAUCGAGUUUUACAAUCUCGUGUUCAUGGAGUUCAAUCGAGACGCCGAGGGCAAGCUCGAGCCGCUCAAGAACAAGAACAUCGACACCGGCAUGGGCCUCGAGCGCGUCGCGCAGAUCCUCCAGCGCGUCCCGAACAACUACGAAACGGAUCUGAUGUACCCCAUCAUCAAGGAGGCCGCGGGGCUCGUGGGGGGGGAGUUCAGCUACGAGGGCGCGGACGAGCGCACGAAGACCGCGCUCAAGGUCGUCGCGGACCACACGCGCGCCGUGACGUACCUCGUGUCGGACGGAGUCAACCCCUCCAACAUUGGGCGGGGGUACGUCGUCCGGCGGCUCAUCCGGCGGACGGUCGUCAAGGGGCGCCUGCUCGGACUGAAGCACCCGUUCCUGCCCACGCUCGCCAAGGUGGCGAUCAAGAUGUCCGGGGACUGCGACCCUGACGUCAAGGACAACGAGGCGCGCAUUCUGACGGAGCUCGGGCGCGAGGAGGAGCGCUUCGUCGGCACGCUCGAGAAGGGGGAAAAGCUGCUGUCUGACCUGCUGAGCAAGGCGGGGGAGGGGGGGACUCUCAAGGGCGCCGACGCGUUCACGCUGUACGACACGUACGGGUUCCCGCUCGAAGUGACCCAGGAGAUGUGCCAGGAGCAGGGCUUCGACGUCGAUGUCGCGGGCUUCGAGACCGAGAUGGAGGCGCAGCGCCAGCGCGCCAAGGACGCCCGCGCUGACGUGGACCUGACUCAGGGUGCCGCGCUCAACGCAGUGCGCGACCGCGCCGGCGCGACGGCCUUCACGGGGUACCACCACCUGCACGGCACCGGCACAAUCGUGUCGCUGGUGUGCGGCGGCGAGGAGGUGUCGGACGUGGGCCCGGGGGACAAAGUCGACGUGGUUUUGGACACCACCCCCUUUUACGGGGAGUCGGGCGGGCAGCGCGGGGACGUGGGGGUGCUGCGGACGCCCGACGGGUGCGUGAUCGAGGUCAAGGACGUGACGAAGGCGGCCGGCGGGGACCUGUUCGUGCACCACGGGGUGGUGGUGGGCGAGGAGGGGGGUGAUGGGGACGGUGCCGGGGGAGUGCGGGCCAAGGUGGGGGACUCUGUGGACGCCAUGGUGGACGCGCGGCAGCGCGCGCGCGCCAAGGCGAACCACACGGCGACGCACCUGCUCCAGAGCGCGCUGAAGCAGGUCCUCGGCGAUGACACCGCGCAGCAGGGCUCGCUCGUCGAGUUCGACCGCAUGCGGUUCGACUUCAACGCCCCGAAGCCGCUCACCCAAAAGCAGCUGCGGAAAGUCGAGGCGCUGGUGAACGAGUGGAGCAGCGAGGGGCACGUGCUGGAGACGGCGACGAUGCCGCUCGACGAGGCGAAGAAGGCCGGCGCCGUCGCCAUGUUCGGCGAGAAGUACGACGACGUCGUGCGCGUCGUCGACGUCCCCGGCGUGUCGAUGGAGCUCUGCGGCGGCACCCACGUGGCGUCCACCUCCGAGAUCCGAGGGUUCAAGAUUCUGUCCGAGACGGGGAUCGCGUCCGGGAUCCGGCGUAUCGAGGCCGUCACGGGCGACGCGCUGAUCGACUACCUCGUCGGCGUCGACUCGGUCGUGCGCGACAUGACGGGCCAGCUCAAGGUGAAGGCUGAGGAGCUCCCGGGGCGCAUGCAAGCCAUGGCGAGCGAGAUCAAGGCCGCGGGGAAGGAGAUCGCGGACCUCCGGGCGCAGCUCGCGGUGGCCAAGUCCGAGGCGCUGCUCGGGGCGGCGAAGGAGGUGUCCGGGGGGGAGUUCAAGGUGGUGGUGGCGCAGCUGGACGGCGUGGACGGCGGGGCGCUGCAGACGGCGGCGGCGGGGCUGCAGGAGAAGCUGGGCGACGGUGGCGCGGUCGUGCUGGGCAGCGUGGCGGCCGGGGGCAAGGUCGGGCUCGUGGCGGCGUUCGGCAGCGCGGUUGUCGGGAGGGGGGUCAAGGCGGGGGCCUUCAUCGGGGGCGUUGCGAAGGCGUGCGGCGGCGGCGGCGGCGGGCGGCCGAACCUGGCGCAGGCGGGCGGGAAGGACGCGGCGGCGGUGCCCGGAGCGCUCGAGGACGCGGAGAAGGCGCUGAUCGCGGAGCUGGAGAAGGGGGAUUCCUGA